GACAAAAGAAGAACCAAGGACCCAUUACGGUUGUGGCUGGGUGGCAACAUUACAGUUAUUCCAGAAGUUCAUACACUAUCAUGAAAAGUAGCAAGAACCACUUACAGAUAGGGCCGAGGCCAUUGAAAUUAGUACGAACAUUGGCGUAUGAAGAUGUCAUGGAAAAUCUUAAAAACACAUUUUUCCCCAGUGGAAAAAAUUUCACAGGGAAGAUAGCAAAAAUGGAGCAGAAGCUGGGAAAUGCUAAAGGUGAAACAAUUGCCGUUAGUGGCUUUACACUGGGGUCGUUUGUGGACUCACUACACUCCCAGAAGGCCCGGAUUUAUUUAUUGACCAAACCCAAGCUUCUCACAUAUGAGAUUGAAACGUCUAGUUCAGAUUCAGACUUUUCUUUGCCCGAUUUGGGGUUUGGGUACAUUGCCUCUUCCACUUGUACUACGACAGCGGCUGUUGGUGCCCCUAUAGCAACUGGAUCUCCUGCAGCUAUACAGAGCUCAAUGACAUUUGGCACCCCAUCACAAGCAUUGGGGGGAUCACCAUCAUCUGUGCAUGUACCGGUACCUUUAGCUGCAUCAUUCACGAAUACAAGUACUCCAACAACAUUGGGCACCCCAUCACAAGCAUCGGGGGGAUCACCAUCAUCUGUGCAUGUACCGGUACCUUUAGCUGCGUCAUUCACGGAUGCAGGUACUCCAACAGUAAGCUUACGGAUUCCAGACGGAGGUCCUAAAUGCUGCAUCUGUUAUGAAAGGCCCAAGUCAGCCUUUUUUAUGCCAUGUGGGCACACUGCCUGCAUGGUUUGUGGAGUGCAAUUGCAGUCAUCUGGGAGACCAUGCCAUCAGUGUAGAGCCAGGAUCCUGUUUGUGAAUUCUUUAUUUGAUUAGACUGGAUAGCUUCAUAACAUAACAGAAUGGGUAACAAAACAGAAAAAUAAGAAUAAUAGCAGAAUUUUCCCAAAUAACAAACAACAUAUUUUACAACUCAGCAGUUAUUUAUUGCAAACUUGUGAUUAUAACUUGGUAUUGGUACAAAUUUGAGAAAGAUAAAUGAAUAUCUAACCAAACUUGUAACUUUCCGUUAUGUUACUGCUGGCACAGCUAAUUUGUAAUUGCUUUUCAGCUUUCAUUUACUUUUAGAGAACCUUUUUUUACGUGUUCUUGAUACACAUGUUGUCCUGAAGACAAAUAUAGCCAUUUUAAAAGUUGCUGAUUUUUUUCAGAGUCUAGUAAACGAUUAAUUUAACUUAGAAGUCUAAAACAUGACUUUGAAGUGUUUAAUUCAGUCAUAUUUUAUUUAAUGAUUGCAAAGUUUUAUCGGAAAUACUGAAAAAAACUUAGACUUGGUUAUCGUUACUGAAAGUUAAUUAUUUGCAAAAAAAAUGUCCUUAACAUUGUCUUGUCUUAGUAAUAGAUUACAUCAGGGUUUAUAAAAUUAAAUGCAAAAAACCUCUUUAUCCCUUUUUUUCUACAAAUGAUAUUAUUAAACUUCAUCAUUUUUACAAAUAUCUAAUUAAUUUUUCUUUACAAUUGUCAUCAAAGUUAAAUAACUACUUUUUAAACAUUUUUGGCAGAUAAGGUGACAGUUUAUUUUCAGUUUUCCAUUAUGUUACUUUUUAGCCCACCAUCAUCAGAUGGUGGGCUGUUCAAAUCGCCCUGCGUCCAUGGUCCCUCUGUCCGUCCUUCCGUCCGUAAACAAUUCAUGUUAUCGCUAUUUCUCAGAAAGUACUGAAGGUAUCUUUCUCAAAUUUCAUGUGUUGGUUCCCCUUGGUCCCUAGU